AUGAAGAACAAUCAAGCACAGCAGGAUUGUAUACUGAGAAUGGAGAACCUCCGAGAGUACGCCGAAAAUGAUCAUGAGAGCUUGAAAUUGCAGCUAGCCGAUAUGAUGGCCCAGCUUCAGAUGAUCGAACAGUGUUUGUGGGAUGAGGCUGGGGAUGAUUGUACAACCUAUUGCAAGGAGUUGGCGUCUGGAGAAUCUGGAACUUGGACUCUUGCACUGGGGAAUUUUGAGGUACAAUACUUCAACCCCGAAGACAACGCCAAAGAAGUCACUAUCGCUCGUGCACUACGAAUCAUCAGGCUCCCAAGUAAUAUGCUAUCACAAUUCCUCACCGACACUCCUUCCUCCAUCAAGAUACCUCUAUUUCUGUUCCGGUAUCAAUUCUACCAGCAGGAUCAUGCAUAG